AUGGAUAUUGCUUGUAUCAAGGAUGCAACCAGACAAGACCCCACUCUUAGUAAAACCAUAGAAUUCAUUCAAACAAAUAACUGGACUGCUCUUGAGAAACAAGACAAAAUGUCUACAGGAGUUAAUAUUGAUGAAUUACAUGCCUUGUAUGAACUACGAGAUGAAUUGACUGUGUCAUCAGAUGCCGAUAUUCUACUUCGAGGAAACCGAGUUGUCAUACCAACUAAACUGAGGCCCAAGCUGUCAAAUUGGCACACGAAGGCCACCAAGGUCUAGUUAAAACUAAAUGCUUAAUCCGAGAGAAAGUAUGGUUUUACCAAAUUGAUUCACAUGUUGAAGAGUGCAUUAAAAAGUGCUUACCUUGCCAAUCAGUCACUCGACCAAAACGCCCUGCACCACUGAAAUUGAUUCAGAUCCCAAAGCAUCCAUGGGAUACCGUUUAUGUAGAUUUUCUCGGCCCAUUUCCAAGUGGAGAAUUACUUCUUGUGGUAAUUGAUGGUCGAACACGCUUCCCUGAAGUAGAAAUUGUUAAGAGUACAUCUGCAAGUUCUACCAUCCCUCGACUUGAUCGGAUUUUUUCAACACAUGGUUUACCAAAGAAAAUUAUCACUGACAACGGCCCACCUUUUACAAGCUAUGAGAUUCAGAAGUUUAUGAAUGAUAAUAAGAUCCAUCAUCAUAAGAUAACACCACUCUGGCCUCAAGGCAAUGCAGAGGCUGAGAACUUCAUGAAACCUUUAAAGAAAUGUAUCCAAGCUGCUCAUGUUGAUCAUAAAAACUGGCGCAAAGAAAUGUAUCAAUUCUUAUUAAACUACAGAUCCACUCCACAUUCAACAACUACGGUUCCACCAGCUACUGCUUUGUUUGGACGUUCCAUUCGCAAUAAGUUACCGUCAGUUACUGAAACACUCCCAGACAUGAAGUAUAUCAACGAAACAAUAGAUACCGCUGAUCAGAAUGCCAAGUGUAAACGCAAUGAAUAUGCUGAUAAACGCCGACAUGCUCGAAUACCUCAACUCGCUGUUGGAGAUUGUGUUUUAGUGCGGCAAGAGAAACAGAAUAAGUUGACACCACAUUUUGACCCAAAUCCAUAUACCAUAACGGCUGUAAAAGGAACCAUGAUUACAGCUACGAGAGCUGAUCAUUGCAUAACUCGGAACAGUUCACAUUUCAAGUUAUUCACGGGAGGUGCUACAAAUCAAGGAGAAACAAGUGACAACAAAGUUGAGGGACGAAAUGAAAAUGCUAGAGAGAGAGAGAGAAAUGUAGUUGUUGAAAACAGAGAUGAAGGCAGACGACAAUAUCCACGAAGACAACGGAAAAGACCAGAAUUCUUUCAUGAUGGACAACGAUAA